AGGAAACGGUGAAAUCAGCUCAGCAGCCGGUGUCCCUGAGAGAAGAGAGAGUGGGUGUGGGUGCCUGAGCAGAGGAUGUGGGACGGGCAGCUCUCCUCCCAUUGGCCGUCGGCUCCGCUCCGCUUUUGCAUGUAUUUUUAGCCAUUGGUUCGAUUCUUAAUGCAGGUCGGCAGCAGUCACGGUCCCUGCCGUUCAGAAACAGGGGGGCGUCUCAUCUGCAAUAGCAGCACAGGUCUGCGGCAAGGAAACAAGCACAGAGCUCUGGGAGAGGGGAGAGGGGAGCGAGUGACGGCGAGACAAACUACAUAAACAAGUUUUCGCGAAUAAGCUACUCGGCUCUCCGCGUUAUUGGUGUCUGGGCUGUCCGUCCAACACUGUGAUUUUUUGUGUUGCUGAUUAUUUUUUUUAACUCUGAACGGCUUUUCAAAUGGCCAGUCCGAGCUCGGAUGCAGGACGACACCUCCAUCUGCAUCCCCACACCGAACCGGCACCAGAGGCGGCCUUCCGUGAGGCUCAGAAAUGGAUCGAGGCGGUGACAGGUCGGUGCUUUGGCGAGAAGGACUUCCGCGCAGGACUGGAGAACGGGAUCCUGCUGUGCGAGUUACUGAGCUCCAUCAAGCCUGGCCUGGUGAGGAAGAUUAACCGGCUGCCCACACCCAUAGCAGGCCUGGAUAACCUGACGCUGUUCCUGAGGGGCUGUGAGGAGCUGGGCCUGAAGGGAACGCAGCUGUUUGACCCCGGAGACCUGCAGGACACCGCCACGCGCGCCAACGCCAAAGGAUCUGACUGCAGCAAGAGGCUAAAGAAUGUGCUGAUCACCAUAUACUGGCUGGGGAAGGCCGCCAACAGCUGUGCGUCUUAUAGCGGCCCGACACUGGACCUGAAGGAGUUUGAAGGGCUUCUGUCACAGAUGCGAAAGGAAGCAGAGGACUGUGACAGUCCUAAGAGGAGCAUUCGGGACAGCGGCUACAUCGACUGCUGGGACUCUGAGCGCAGUGACUCCCUCUCUCCGCCCCGGCACGGGAGAGAGGACUCCUUCGACAGCCUGGACUCCUUCGGCUCGCGUUCGCGACAGACCCCUUCACCGGACGUACUGGUCGCCCGUGGCAGCAGCGAUGGCCGCGGCAGCGACUCGGAGUCCGACUUCCCGCACCGCCGCAUGCCGGACGUGCGCAAGGACGACAUGCUGGCGCGGCGCACGUCGGUCAGCGAGCCGCGCCCGCCGCUACCCUUCAACCAGUUCCUGCCCAACAAGAGCAACCAGACGGCCUACAUGCCCCCGCCGCUGCGCCGCAAACGCACCGAGCGGGACGAGGGCGGCGGACGCAAGAGCUGGAGCACCGCCACCUCGCCCAUCGGAGGGGACCGGCCAUUUAGCAGAAGCCCAGCCCGUUCAUGUUCUGAGGAAUUCUACCGCACUUCCUUGACGACCAGCGCCAUGUCAACUUCCAUCGUAGUUACCAUCCCACUCAGCCCCUCCCCUAGGGAUAGUCCGGAUCCUCCCAGGAAGUUUCCUCCCCCAAAGGUGGAAGGGGUGGGGCCUGGAAAGCGAGGGGGUGUGGCAGAUGCAGGAAGGGAUGACAUGUGGCCAAGGAGGACUCAGACCUCCCCCAAACAGGGUGGGGCCAGCCCCACUCACUUCCUGCCCGUGCCCGAGAUGGCGGCCAAUCAGCCGGGCUGGACGGGGAAGGCGGAGUCCGAGACAGACAAACCAAGGAGGAGGCCCUCCUGGUUGGACGACGAGCUGUCGCCAACAUUCAGCCACAGUGCUAGUGUGUCAGAUGACCCAGAGAGUGUGAGUAUGAUUGACGUGCGCUGUGAUGACGACGUGUUCCUGAACCCCCACAGUCAGGUGCGACACGAGCUCAUGCACAACCAGUACAACCAGCUGAAGGAGGAGGAAGACCACUGGCAGGACGACCUGGCGCGGUGGAAGAGCCGCAGGAGGAGCGUGUCCCAGGACCUGAUCAAGAAGGAGGAGGAGAGGAAGAUGAUGGAGAGGCUCCUGAGCGGAGGAGAGGGCCCGUCACAGCGGAGGAAGAGCAUCAAGACCUACAAGGAGAUCGUGCAGGACAAGGAGCGUCGUGAGCGUGAGCUGCACGAUGCGUACCGGCGCGCUCGCACCCCUGAGGAGGCGCACACGGUGCUCCAGCGCUACGCCCAGCGCUUCAGCAUCAGUGAGUCGGUGCUCGAGCGCCUCAAGCUGCCCAAGCUCCUGGAGCGCAGCAUCUCCGCCGACCCCUCCGCCCCGUUCGCCGCGCACCUGCCCUCGCUCGCCGACUUCUGUGACCUCUUCGAGCCCUCGGACCAGGAUGACGGCGACGGCAGCGUUGGAGUUGGUGGUGGAAGCGGCGGCGGCAGUGGCGGUGGCGCUGGCGGUGGCGGUGGCGGUAGUAACCCCAUGCAGUACCUCCGCCAGCAGUCGCUGCCCGCGCCCAAGUUCACCUCCACGGUGGAGGCCAUGGUGACAAGUUUCACCCCGGCGGCACCGGAGCGCCCCCUGAAGGCCGUGCCCCUCCUGGCGCCCAAACCUUACGCCCCCCAGCGCAGAACCGGGGACCCGGCGGGGGACAAACCAGUGAAGGUGGACAGGAUGCUGCGUUUGAACGGAGAGACGGAGGACAAGAUGGAGCAAAAGGAAGAAGCCCGAAGAGAAGAUAGCCCUUCUCCUCUGCAGUUUCUUCCCUGCCCUGUCUCCGACGACGCGGAAACGCAAGAGUUCAGAGUCACAGCCUCCUCGACCUCCCCUUCCUCCUCCCCGACACACGCUCCGAAACAAGCCUCUCCUCCACACGCGUCUCCUCCACACGCUCCGAAACAAGCUUCUCCUCCACACACUCCAGACACUGCGCCUCCCUCUGACUCACACACCAGGGGGAGCCCUGUAAAGUCUGCGGAGGAGGAGAGAACUUCUGAGGAAACGCUGUUAGCGGAGGAUACGCCGCCAGUGACGACGAGCCAAGACCAAGCGCCAGAAAGCCAGGAGGUGGAUGAGCGAGGACCACCAGAGUCCCAAGAUGCACUUGAGCAGCCCGAGAGUCUAGAGCAGACGGCACCCAGCAGACCCUCGUCUCUGCCCACGGAGUUGCUGAGCGAGCCGGUGGCCAUCCCACUGGAUGAGGACGAGAGGCUGCCCCUAACAGAGACUGAGCAGAGCCAGGCUACAGGGGAGACAACAUGCACCACAGCGCCCAGUCUGCACACCACAGCCCCCACUCCUGUUCCCACAGAUCCUGGAUCAGAGGAUGGCCACCAAAGCACAACACAGAUCAGUGACCCAGUGGAUCAGCUGGAAUCUUCUCAUCUUCUAGCUCCUUUGUCCAGACCUCCAGGUGUGCUCCCUUCAGCAGAGCUUUAUAACACAGCCAGGGCACCGCUGGCCUCACCUAACCCUAAGUUGCGCUGGGAAUUCUUCGCUCCGCAAGAGAGUCCAACCAAGGAGCUCAGUGAUGUCAGUGUCCCACCUACGGUGUUGAGUAUGGUCAAGCGGGCCGACCAGUGGUCAUGGGACCCGGACGAGGAGCGCAGACGUCAGGAAAGGUGGCAGCGAGAGCAGGAGCGCAUGCUUCAGGAGAAGUACCGGCGCGAGCAGGAGAAGCUGAAGCAGGAGUGGGAGCGCGCUCAGAGGGAGGUGGAGGAGGAGGAGAGGAAGUACCACGAGGAGGAGCAGAAGAUCCUGGAAGAGACGGUUGCUCCCCUGACGCCCCACUCUCCAGCGCUGCCCCCCUCCCCGUCCCCCCUGAGGGGCGACACCCCCCCGGUCACCUCCACCCCUCAGGACACCGUUGUGCGCUCACUGGCCGACUGGGAGCGCAAGCAAGAGAUACUGGAGAGACAGACGAGGGGAAGCACGGAGGACUGGAGCCAAAGGGAAAGUGAGCCGAUGGACAGAAGCACAGAGGAGAAGAGCAGCUCACACCUGCAGAAGGCUGAGAGUGCGGAUCUUCUGACCUUGUCAGGUGUGUCUGAGGCCAGCUCCCGCAGUCAGCAGAACGGGCAGAGGGCCGUCAGAGACCAGGGCCAGCCCAGAAGCCCUCACGCCCCACCGGCCCAGGGUGAGCAGCCGACGCUGGGCCUCUGACACGGGCAAGAGGGGGGGGGGAGGUGGAGAAGGCAGGAGAGUGGGAUGCAGAAGGGUUAGGACAGGGGAUUGGUCCAUACUUAGAAAGAAAGUAGAAUAUAGCUGUGCUUCGUGCUUCCACUUGUCUCAGAGAUAGAUUCUUCACAGGUCAAUUCUUUGUGGUUCACAUUAGUAUCAUCAGUUGUGGGUCUUUGAAGAACCUCUUUGGAGGGUUCUUGGGUUGUCAGCUUUCUGGUAAUUUCCUUUUCGACUGUGCAAGCAGUUUUUUAUUAAAUGGAUUCUGUAUAGACUUAAUACAGAGUAGAUAUAUUUUGUGGUUUUGCAUUCUGUUCUUUGAUGGAGUUAUACACAGUCUGUGUCUGUGAUUCUGAUGGGAAUUCCACAAUGUACACAUAUGGUGUGCUUGAAGCUUUAUAGUGUAGUCUAUAAAAGUGUAUAAAAGUUCAGCUUUGAACCUUCUCCGAGGUGGCAUUAUGGUGUUGUGUUUCGCUUGUACCACCAGAGGGCAGCAAAUACUCCUGACUGCCACUGCAGUAUCCUUCUGUACAACAAACAGUAUGGUGGGGCUAAUAGUGUGCAAUAGUGAUGCAAUAGUGUCGAUCAUUGACUUUGAGAUUCUGGGAGCUCUUGGUUACAACCUUACAUGAAAUGUCAGGUUAGAGACUG